AUCAAGGCAGACGAUCGCAAUCGAUUGCUGACUGUCCAUCGGCUUGAGAAGAUUUUAAGCUUGAAAAAACUCAUCAAAACAUUAAUAGAUGACAAAUUGAUCAACAAAUGUGCUAAGAAAGAGAAGAAGAAAAAAAAAGAGUUAGAGAAGGAGAAGGAGGACUCGGACCCCGACUCGGAUUCCAGCGAGCUAGAUUGA